UUCAACCUUCUAUAUCUGGUUAUGUUAUUAUAGACAGUUUCUGACUUUCUGUUCUCUUUCUUGUCAAAUUAAAUUUGCAUUCUGGGAGGAUUAGAUAUACAUUCCAAAACAGUUUAAAUUUUGGCAAUUUUUGCUCUGUUAUGUGAAACCUUGUUUGAGUUUGUGCUAGCUUUUUAGAUUGUUGCCAAGUUUGCAACCCAAUUUGUAAGGACCAAAAUAAGUUUCCUAACCUAUGUCUUAAACUAUCCAUCCACCUUCUGUAGAGGUUGUGAAUGUUGUGAUGCUGAAUGUUAUUACUACCACGUGAUUCAUGUGACACAUAUCUUGAUUAAAAACAAAAUCAUAUGCAAUCCAUACAGAUCGAAUCAUGAAUCUCUUUUGGACCUGAAUUGCAAGAUGAAUCCCAAUUCGCAUGAAUCAUGAAUAUUGCUGAAUUGCAACAUGCAAGUUACAUUGUGGGUGCGGCCCCAAAAAAGACCAAGCUGCAUGAUCUGGUUUCUAAAAGGCCCACUAGGGUUAUUUUGCAAAUUUCCAAUUUUAAUGGGACAUAAUCAGCCAAAAUCAAACGUUCAAAUAACUUAAUUCAGGUUCACAAACGAACAGCUGCAGCAUAGUCAUUGGUCCUCAUUCCCUCCAGUGCUUCGGAUUGUUACUUCUCUAUUAUUUUAUGUUUCUGUUCCCCUUGUCUUAUUUGAAGACAGUACUCCUCCAUCUUUGGUCCCACUUGCUGUCUCUUCCCAUUUGUUGCUUUGUUGUGUUACUGCUACUCUCUCUUCGAUUUAUGACUUGGACCUUGAAUUACUUUGAAAUCCAUAUAUGAUCAUCUUAUAAUUUUUUUUAUGUUGGUUGUUUUUACCUCAAACACCAUCUUUUAGUUGACCGUAUAUUUAUGAUUCAUAAUAAGAUUUGAAUCACAAGUUAGAAAAUAGGUCUUCUGAUUCACGAUUUGAAUCUUGAUUCGAUUACCUCGGUUGUGCCUAUUUCUUAUUUAAUGAAUGGACACAAGAAGAAAUGCAUAGCCCAAUAUAUGGUCUCAAGAAACAGGACAACAUGAAAGUUCUCUUCAUGUCUUGAAUUUAUUAUGCUUUUGCCUGAUCAAUAAUUUCAUUAGGCUUGUUUUAUAACAAUAUUUAGGUUUUUUUUUUUGUUAUUUCUUUUAUCAGUUUUUUCUAGGAAAACCAAAUGCAUCGUGGUAAAUUUUCACUUACACCCAAGAAUCAAGUCAAGGACCUAGCAGCCUCAAGUUUUCCCAAUAAUCAACACAGAAGUCUUCCGGAACCAAUAUAUGUUUCUUCGUCUUCAGAUGAUGAAAGUAUCCAGUCUAAUGAUGAUGCAUCUAAGCAAUUUGUCCUUUAUGACGAUGUGACAAAUGGAGGCAACCCAAUUGAACUUACCCCUGAUCCUCUUCGAUGUAAACCUCCGGUGCGCCCACGAAACAAACCUUCACCUUCAAGUUCAUCUUCUAGAGUUUUGCCAGCAGUUGGUGCUUUCACUGUUCAAUGUGCUUCCUGUUUUAAAUGGAGGCUGAUUCCAACAAAGGAAAAAUAUGAAGAAAUACGUGAAUAUAUCCUUCAACAUCCUUUUGUUUGUCAAAAAGCUCGUGAGUGGCGACCUGAUGUAUCUUGUGAUGAUCCAGAGGAUAUUUCUCAGGAUGGCAGUAGGAUUUGGGCUAUUGAUAAGCCAAACAUUGCACAGCCUCCAGAUGGA